AUGUGAUUCUAUAUAUGUUUGGUAGUAUUAUUUGGGUGGUGGACUCACGACUUUUGCUGCAUGUGUCUUGAGCCUUGUGGAGUUGUGGUGUAAAAACAAUACAAGUAUUUAUUCUGCAAUUCUGCAAAGGCUCCUUAGUCCUUCCGCUUCCCCAUCUCAUUAUCUUCAUUACCAUUAUCUGAUCUCCUAAUAAGUUCUUAAUAUCCCAGCAAAUUACAUUAAUUUCUUCAAGUUUGCACGCAUUUGACUAUAUAUACAUAUAUAUAUACAAGUCGUACAAUAGAGUAUAUUAUAUUUAUAUACUCAAUUUCCUUUUUGUUCAUAUAAAAAACGAAAUAAUUUUCUCACUGUUCCAUUUCAUAUUUCCAUCUCUGUAAUAGAUUUAUUAUCUUAUUGCAUUGGUACGUAAAUGGUACCUAGCCAGAUCUCCUAGAGUGUAUAUAGAUUGCUAACGUUAUCCAAGAGGUAUAUGUAUAUAUACAUUUUUAGGAGUGGACAAAACCUAAAUUAAGCCAACAGAAAGCAGAGAUCACACCUGGCUUACAAAUACACUAGAUAGAAGUUGCAUUUCCAUGAAAUAAUAAUAUUCAUAUAUAUAUUUACAAUUGUCUGUAUAUGAAUAUCGAACGCAGUUCAAACCCAAAGCAAAACCGUAUUACUGACACUAGUAGCUAGCCAGCUAGAAGUGGAGUAUAUAACUAUAUAUUAAUAGAAGUCAGAUGCAGAAAGAAGAAAACUACACGGGGGCCUCCGAAUAUGAAGCAGGAGGGAGAUUUGGCAUCGCCAACGAUGUGGACAACUCUUCUGUUGCUCCUGAUCCCACAUAUCAUCAUCAAGGUGGACCUGGGCCAUUGCUGUCUUAUCAUCAACCUGAAGCUGAAGCUGAAGUUCAAGGUCAAGGUCACAACCACAUAAUUCAUGGGAGCGGAUCAGGAUCAGGAUCAGGAUCAGUUAUGGUGGAUUACAUGCUAAACGACCCGAUCAACAAUGCCAUCCCAUCAAGAACAGCUUAUCAUCAUCAUGAACAGCCCAUAAACUGUGUUAGUGGAAGAGGUUAUGCAGAUAGGACCGGCCUCAGCUUCGCAGAUGUUAUGCAGUUUGCAGAUUUUGGGCCAAAGUUGGGACUUAACCGUUUCCAACAACAUCAGCAGGAUGAUGAGAGCACCAAAACCAACAGCAUGAUCCCCGGGAAUGGGAUCGACCCUGUUUAUUUUCUCAAAUUUCCUGUGCUUAGUAACUCUGGCAAUACUAGUAGUAUUCAUGAUGAUAGAAAUCAUAGUAUUACUGACAGAGAGGGAGGCUUUGGUGAUCCUCUAGAGGAACUUAGAGAAUAUAGCUACGACCAUCAACAAGAAGAUGCUUCUGCUGCUGCUGCUGCCGCUGUUUUGUUAACAGCAGGAACGUCCAAUAACAGCCUUAGUAACUACACUAAUCCGGUGCAGCUGGAGUUUCUGGGUAAUACUCAUGAUGAGAAUGAUCUUAUGGACUUAAGCACUGGUGAGAAAAGCGGAGCCAACGUGGAACUGGAAGGAAUGGAAGCAGGCGGAGAAGGUGCAGCAGCAGCAGGAGCAGCAGCAGCAAUGGGGAAUAACAAGAGCAGCAGCAGCAGCAGCAAGAGGAAAAGGCCUCGAACCAUCAAGACGAAUGAGGAAGUGGAAAGCCAAAGGAUGACUCAUAUUGCUGUUGAAAGGAACCGAAGGAAGCAAAUGAACGAGCAUCUACGCGUUUUAAGGUCUCUCAUGCCCAGCUCCUAUGUCCAAAGGGGAGAUCAAGCAUCAAUAAUAGGAGGAGCAAUAGAGUUUGUGAGAGAACUGGAGCAACUGCUACAAUGUCUAGAGUCCCAGAAGAGGAGGAGACUGUAUGGAGAUCAAGGACGGCCAAUUGCAAUGGGUGACUCCAACUCCUCAUCAUCGACGACAGUCCUAGGAGUAGGGCUAGUUCAGCAAAUGCCACAAGUACAAGCACCAUUAGCACUGGCUUUUACACCACCAAAUCAUCAGGGUCAGGAUGAUGAUCAACUUAGACGACUUGUGGAUCAUCAGCUGGACCCUGACAGCUCUUUGCUUCCGGAAGAGACAGCUGAGAGCAAGUCUUGCAUUGCAGACGUGGAGGUGAAGGUGUUAGGUUUUGAUGCUUUAAUAAAGAUCCUCUCUCGCAGACGACCAGGACAGCUCAUCAAGGCCAUUGCUGCCCUUGAAGAUCUUCACUUCACUAUUCUCCACACGAACAUCACUACCAUUGAGCAAACUGUUCUUUAUUCUUUCAAUGUCAAGGUUGCUAAUGAAGCAAGGUUCACUGCUGAUGAUAUUGCUAGCUCAGUGCAGCAAAUCUUUACGUUUAUUCAUUCCAAUACGAAUAUCAAUUAAUAACGGUUGUUGUUAUGAUGCCUUCUAUUCACUAUCGAACUUUUAGUUAAUUAUUUCUUGAUAAAUGCAAACAUGUAUACAACUCAGCUGAUUAGGUACGAGUACGACCUGAGAAGAUACGGUUAAUUGAUUGUACACAUAGGAGUAUUACUUGAAGUUGGAUGAUGGGAUUGUGGUGUCAAGAAUAGUACUAUUCCAUAUUAGUAUAUUAUGCUACAGAAGUGUUGCAGUAGUGUUCGGAUAUUUCUGAAAUUUAAUACUUCCUCUGUGUUUUU